AUGUCAAACGUAUAUCAGAAGGGAAAAACGGCCACGCAAUUCACGACCGAAAUGGACAAUCUAAGGAAGCUUCUGGAAUCAUCGUAUAUUGACGAAGGAUUACAACCCGAGCUUGCUGAAAAAUUCAGCACUAAAGAAGCUAUCAACGCAAUGACUAGAAACUGCGAAAACGGGAAACUGAAGACCAUCCUGGAAGCUGGCACAUUCCCAACAAUGAAUGAUGCCGUAAGCAAAUAUAUAAAUUGCAGCACACAAAUGACUGGCAAUGCCAGCACAGUAUUCUACACUCAGAGAGGACACGCAUAUCGUGGUAAUUACAGAGGUAAUUAUCGCGGCAGAGGCUAUGGCCGUGGAUAUGGUAACAACUAUAACCGCAAUAAUGGCCAGCCGAACUACUACAAUAAUUCGAACUCCAGAGGAAACAACAGUUACAGAGGUAACAGUCGCUCAAAUGGAGGAAACAACACGAACAAUUCUAAUAACAAUAACGUGAGGGUAGCCCAGAAUACUUCGGGAAACUCCCAGCAACCCUUAGAUACUCAACAACAAUAA